AUGGACAGCUCGGGAAAAGGAAAUAAAAAAGAUGCGCAAGAUGGACCACCCAAAGAUACGAAGCUGCCUACCAGCGAAGCACUUCUGGACUACCAUCGUGAAAUAAAGGAGAAUGCAGUGGAACGGUUCAUGUUUCAGAUCAAGAAGCUGAGGGACAGGAACCAAAGGUACCAAGACAGGAAUAGACGCCUCAAAGAAGAACAGAAAUGGCACAUAAAGAACCUCCUGAAAGAGCUGACUGAGGAGAAGUCAGAGGGAGCCCCGAUCGUGACAAGGGAGGACGUCGAGGAAGCAAUGAAGGAAAAAUGGGAGUUUGAAAGAAACCAGGAGAAAAACUUGAAAGAAAUGCGCUUACAAAUAAAUGAUGCUGAGAAGCUGUUUCUUGAGAAACUCAGUGAAAAGGAGUAUUGGGAAGAGUACAAGAAUUCAGGGAGUGCUCAGCACGCUCAACUCAUUGUUUCCUUACAAAAUGACAUCGAAACAGUCAAAGAAAAUGCCGAGAAAAUGUCAGAACAGUAUAAAGUCACUCUGGAAGAUACUAGAAAGAGAAUAAUCAGAGAAACCCUGAUACAGCUAGACCUAAGGAAGGAAUGGGCCACACAGAAUGCCGUGAGGUUCAUUGACAAGGGCAACUACCGAGAGAUCUGGGAGAAUGACUGGCUAAAAAAAGAAAUUUCGACUCAUAGGAAGGAAGUUGAAAGACUGGAAAAUUGUGUUCAACAACUAGAAGAGGAAAAUUUGGUGCUUAUUGACCAACUGUUUAACUGUAGACUUUUGGAUCUCAAAAUACCCAGGAAACUGUAUCUUACUCAAGCUGUUGGGCAGCAAGUGCCACCUGAAGAUGUGUCUUUGAAGUUGCCAGAGAUAGACAUAGAGGAGAAUCUGAAAUCGCCCACUGAGGCAGAGGGUGGAGAUGCAUUGAACCUCUCCCCAGGGAGCAGCCAUGAGGCUAGCAGUCCAGAAGUCCACUUCACAGAGAUAGAAAGAGAGGACAGCUUGUCCACGGAGAUGGAGUGCUCUAUCAUCCAUCAUUUGCUGCAUGAGGAUGAGCAGGACUUCAAGGAAUAUGUAAACUUGGGCCCCCUGGCUUUGAAGCUCAUGAGCGUGGAGGGCAGGAAAAUGCCCAUUCAUUUUCAAGAAAAGCAGUCUCCAGUCAAAUCUUACGAAGACAUCCAGAGCCCUGAGAGACAUAUCACACAUAGGAUGAUGAAGAUGUUUCUCUAG